AUGUCCAUUCCUUGCCGUCCAGCUGCCAGAUUGGCAUUCCGCUCCCUGCGCCAGUGCCCGAGAGCUCCCGCCGGCGCGCCCCGGGAGACUCGUGCAUACCACUCCUACGACCACCCGGAUCCGACAACGACCUUCCACCCCCACGAAUCAACGAUCCUCUCCGCCGCGUAUAAGCAUGUCCCAGAGCAUGGCUUCUCACAAAAGGCCCUUGCUCUUGGUGCCAAGGACGCUGGGUACCUUGACAUUAGCAGCAGCGUGCUGCCGGAUGGCCCCUUUAGCUUGAUCCGCUACCAUCUCGUCACAAAGCGCGAAGGCAUGGCCGCAAAGGAGAAGGAGUUAUUCGAAGAGAGCUCGCAGGUCGGUGUCAGCGAGAAGGUGGAACUACUCACCUGGGAGCGGCUAUUAGAGAACAAGGCCGUCAUCGACCGGUGGCAAGAGGCCCUGGCGAUCAUGGCGCAACCGAGCUAUGUGCCCGCUUCUUUCAAGGAACUCGCCAAGUUGGUCGACGAGAUCUGGUUCCUUUCCGGCGACACUGCCGUCGACCCUUCGUGGUAUACCAAGCGCGCUAGCCUAUCCAUGAUCUACGCGUCGAGCGAGCUGUUCAUGACCAACGACAAGUCGGCCGGUUUCAAAGAUACCAGAGACUUCCUGAGGCGGCGACUGAGUGAGGUCAAAGAAGCCGGCGGUGUCAUGGGUUCUCUGGGACAGUGGGUUGGUUUCACGGCUAGCGCGGGUGUAAACGUUCUGAGGAGCAAGGGAUUGCGAAUCUAA